AUGGCCUCCCCGCCACCGCAUACCUGUAGCUCCCCAAAAUACUCAGACAAGGGUGGGAAGACAGCUCCCCAAGAAAAGAGCAUGGAGCCAAUCUUGGUCCCAGUAGCCGAUGGCGCACUUGGGCCCAGAAAACUACCUUGGGCGACCCUGGUCAAGGUCAUCAGCCACUUCAAGCAGUCGAUCAUGGACAUACGUCAAAGUCACAUGCUGUCCCGCUUCAACCCUCUGGCCAUAGACCAGAAACUGUCCGAGAAGCACAAGUACCCGAUGCCUGAAAAGAAGUUCUGGGGUAACCACGAGCCCCUCUCCAAGAUUCCCUUUCAAAUUCUGACCGGACACCAGCAAACUGUGAGUUCUUGUCACUUCUGUGUGGAUGACACAAAGCUCCUCAGCAGCUCCUUUGACUACACCGUGAAGCUGUGGGAUGCUGAGGAUGGAUCUGUUGUUCGGAACUUUGAGCACGGGCCCCAAGCUCCUGUUUUAGAGUGCAGUGUCACGGCAGACAGCAGAAGAGUUGCGGCAGCAGCCUAUGAUAAAUCCCUGAGGACUUGGGACCUUGAAACAGGCAAGCUGCUGUGGAAGAUCAGUCAUGAAAGCUUCAUAUCCUCCUGUAACUUUUCUCCUGAUGGUAAAUAUGUGGUCUCAGGCUUGGAUGUGGAUCACGGAAUCUGCAUAACAGAUGCAAGAAAUGCCAAGACUGUCUCACACCUCAAAGAUCAUCACAAAAAAUCAGUCACACGUUGCUGCUUUGACCCUGAUAGCCAGAAGGUGGCUUCCGUCUCGUUGGAUAAGAGCAUCAAGAUCUGGGAUGUUACAUCUCAGGCCACUCUACUCACCAUCACCAAGGCACAUACCAAUGCAAUUUCAAAUUGCUGUUUUACCUUCAGCGGCCAUUUCCUCUGUACAAGCUCUUGGGAUAAAACUUUAAAAAUAUGGAACAUCCAUUCAGGGGAGUUUCGAAACCGUGGAGCCUGUGUAACUCUGAUGCAGGGCCACGAAGGUUCUGUGAGUUCCUGCCACUUUGCCAGAGACACAUCUUUUCUCGUAUCUGGAGGGUUCGACAAGUCCGUGUCUAUCUGGGAUGUAGGAGAAGGCUACCGGAAGAUCUCCUUGAAGGGCCAUGAUGACUGGGUGAUGGAUGUUGCCAUGAGCAACAACAAGAAAUGGAUACUGUCUGCUUCAAAGGAUAAGACCAUGAGACUAUGGAACAUUGAAGAAAUUGACCAAAUUCCUUUGGUAAUCAAGAACAAAAAUGCCCUGGGCUUAAAGGUGAAACAGUGCGAAGAAUGUGAGAGGCCUUUUUCCACCUAUGAAAGUGACUGCUUUUCUGAAAUGGUCAACAGAUGUAUGUUCUGCCGAACACAGGAAAAAGAUUUCUCAACAGAGAACUUAUCAGCACCAGAAAAGGACUCACCAGCAAUGGAGUGCAGCCUGGACAAGGAUCACUGA